AUGCUGCCGACACCUUAUAUAAAAUGCGACUAUGAUACUGUUUACGAACCGUCGGAAGAUAGCUUCCUACUGCUGGACACACUGGAAGAAGAACUGCCAUAUUUGGAGAGUAGAUUCAAGAACCGCUUAUCAGUUGUUUGUGAAUUGGGACCAGGCUCAGGCAUCGUAACUACUUUUCUGAUGCAGAACGGUAUCCCAUCGAAGAACCAAUCUAUAUACUUUGCUGCGGACAUAAGCCCAUGGGCUCUCGAUGCAACUUUAGAUGCAGCCAAAAGGAACAAAUGUGAAAAGAGUUAUCUGGAGCCUAUUCAGAGUGACUUGAACCGUUGUAUAAAAUCCAAGGAAGUGGACUUGUUGAUAUUCAACCCACCGUACGUACCUGCUGAGGAAGUUCCAGCUGUACCAACGACAAAAGAGGAGAGAGAUGAAUGGCUUGACUUAGCUCUACUGGGUGGUACCGAUGGGAUGGUUGUUACUAACAAGGUUCUCGACCAGUUGGAUAUAAUACUGUCACCUACUGGAGUUGCUUACAUAUUAUUUUGUGCGAGGAAUAAGCCGGAGCAAAUUGUUGAAAGAAUGAGUAGGGAUGGCUGGUCAAUGGAGUUAAUAAUGCACAGAAAAGCUGGAUGGGAAGUCUUAAGCGUUUACAGAUUCACUCGAUAG